UAUGCCGGUGCUCCGGACCGGUGGUGGCGCUGUGGACAGUUUCCCUCCCGCUUUCCGUCGCUCUUUCGACAAGCAGGUCGCAGCUGUCAUGGCGGCGUGCAGGGCGCUCGUGAGUCGCGCUGUGUUACCUCUGCAUUAUCAUGUGUCCAGAGGAGUGAUGCUCACACAAGUCAGAGAGAAGAAGAGAUGGAUGAAGGCUUACACACUCAUUAUGGAGAGGAAGAGAAAGCUGGAGGGACCUCCACCUCCGAAGCCGCGCUCCGAGCAGUCAAACUUUGAUUAUCAUGCUGAAGUGGAGGCUUUCAGUGCCCGUCUGCAGGAGAGUUUCUCUCUGGAUCUUCUGAAGACUGCAUUUGUGAAUUCGUGUUACCUGCGAUCUGAGGAGGAGAGGAGGCGAGCGCUGGGUCUUGACUCGGAGACGACCGCCCUCAACCUGAAAGACAACGGCGAGCUGUGUGUGCACGGUCAACAGUUCACAAAGGGUUUCCUCAGUGACUGGUGCAGGGGCAGCUUUCCUAGCUUGCCUGAGGAGGGUGUGGCAGCCGUUGUAGGUCACCUGACAGGGUCAGAGGUCAUGUGUCAUGUCGCACGGAACCUUGCCGUGGAGGAAUUGACGAUGAGUGCAGAGUUUCCUAUUCCAGAUGACACACUGCAAGGAACGUUCUUCGCUGUGAUUGGUGCUCUGGAGCAGAGCAGCGGGCCUGUGCGAGCCGGUCUUUUUAUUAGGGAUUUCCUUGUGACUCAACUGAUUGGGAAAGAUCUGUUUGACAUGUGGAGAGUGGUUGAUCCCAUGGGGCUGCUGGUUAAAGAACUGACCCGUAAAAAUGUAGCGCUACCCGAGCCCCGCCUCAUCCGGUCUGCUGGCGCCAGUACUGUCCUCCCUCUCUAUUUUGUUGGGCUUUACAGUGACCGUAAGCUGCUGGCUCAGGGUCCGGGUGAGACUGUCCUGGCAGCCGAAGAGGAGGCAGCGCGCGUGGCUCUGAGGAAACUCUAUGGAUUCACCGAGAACCGCAGACCAUGUGACUUCACCGCCCCUACCGGGCAGCUUCAGAAGCCCAGCUCACGGGCUCUCGCCAGUGGAUAAAUGACAGACUCCAGCAAUCUAUGUUUUGUACCGUGGCUUGAAGAGCAGAUUUCAGUGGGACGCUUUUUGAAGAACCAAAAUGUACACAUUCAUCAUCAUCUACUUGAUCACAUUUACAUGUAGGGUGAAACUUGAUUUGUUCUGCUGAAAUGUAGCCGUGGAGACACUGGAGGCCAAUUGUAUUUGCCCAAGACACUGAAACUCUUGGUGUACCACAAACUAAGAUUGCAUACAUCUACCUUAAGAGCUGGAUGAUCUGUUGCUACAUAUAAAUUGAUGUAUAUAAAUGUUAAACUUUGGUUGCUAAUAAUAAAAGUUCUGAACAAAAUGUUCUACUUCAAGUGUUCUGUGUAUAGAAUGCAAAAAGAAUUUUAAGGCAUAUAACUUUUUUUGUUGGCUCAACAUAAAGAAGUUGGACUCUGGAUCUAAUCAGCCAGAUUCUACUUGGCCACCAGACGUACAGACAGAGUGAUGAUUAGAAAUGCAGAUAAUUGCUCUUUUGAGAGUUAAAAUGUCUUUAAAACUGUUUGAAGGUUACAUAUGUUGUAGUAUUUCCUCUACCACUUUAUACGUCUUGCCACAUAUCUAAUCCUAAUGAACCCUGAUGAGCAAACCACAUGGGUAUAAUCCUUUCCAUGUGCAUGAAGUUUUAAAUGCCAGCCAAACUUAAUAAAAUAAACUUGUAAUAUACAAGAAA